AACUGGGAAAAAGCUGCUGGAAUAGGGGCUGUUCAUUCCUGGUACCUCUCAGGAGGUGAACGGGCGAGCAGUCGGCCUUCCGGCCUCUACCAAUCCAUCUGAACUCGGAGUUCAGGCCUCUGAACUCAGGUCUCCUUGGGUUCUCGAACCCUUCAGCCGAUUUUCCCCGGUUGACUUAGUUUCCCCCCUCCUUGGCGAUAACAGUGGCUAAUUUGAGCGACCGGAGUGCCGUGAUCUGGAGAGGAACGACCUCCGUAGGUGAGAACGGUUGACUUUCCUCGUCGACGGCCUUGUAAGUAAGGAUCCGCUCUUAGGGUCCGAGUCUCCCCUUCUCUUCUGGUGGGUUGUUAAUUUGGAGGGUCCGGCUGAGCGGAUUUCCUUUCCCUAAUUGGAGGGGAACCCCUUGCAUUAAGAGGUAAGUGGGUUGUAGGCCUUGGAAGACAACUUCUGAGGGGCCAAGGAGACAUCCUAGGGGUUCUUUCCCGGAUAAACGGAAGGAGGGUCCUGGUUUUCAGAACCAUGGGUUCGAGCCACUCUAAAUCAGACUCGUGUCUGUCUAAAAUUCUCCAGUCAUGGGACGAGGGUCACCUGCCCAUAACCAAAGGAAUGUCUAAGAAACAACUUGUCGGGUGUCACAAGGUCUGGACUCAGUUCCGAGACCUGCAGGGUAAUUAUUUCUGGCCCGAGGGAGGAUCUUUUGAUCCCCAACCUCUCCGUAAACUCCGGGAUAUUCUAUCCUGUUCCCGGUUCGACGAAAUGUGCUAUUGGUAUUGUUGGGAUAAAAUGAGCGAGACCCAGUCCUCUCCGUCCGAAGUAGGAACGUCGUCGCUUGUAGGAGGAAAGGCCGUGUUGCCUUCGGUCUCGAGUCUGCAGCCCCACUCGGGGGACCUGAUGGGGGCUUCAGCUCCCCCCCGACAUGUUUGUCCUCUGGUGCCGCUUUUACCUCCCAUAGACACAACUUGGCAGCAGUUCCCAGCUCAGGAUGGGAUCAUUCGAAUGGCCGGGGUAAAGGCUCAUGUCCCUCUUGACCCCCAAACCCUUAUAACCUGGCAGCAGAAUACUCCGUCCUUCCAGAAAGAUCCGCAGGAAGUGUAUCGGAGGGUCUCGGGAAUUUUCCGGACCCAUCUUCCGUCGUGGGCGGAUGUAGAGGAGUUGCUCGACCUCUUUUUCACUGCCGAGGAGCGCUCCCGUCUUAGGGCCCUGACUGUCAAGUUGGAAAAUGACGGUCCGCCUCAUGUGGCGUGGCCGACGGCCGAACCCGAUCCGCACUUCGGUGCGGACGCAGAUUGGACCCGCCUGGGCCAGGCGCGGCAGACCCUCUUGGCUGCCAUCAAAGAACUGGGCCGUAAACCACCUGAUUGGGCCUCCUUUCAUGGGUUGAUCCAGGAGGAAGGGGAAACUUCCGAGAAAUUUUUCACUCGGCUUAGCGAGGGAGCCGAGUCGUUAGUGCAGUUAAACCUGGAGAACGAAAGAGAUGCCAGGGCCCUGGCCACUGCCUUUGUGAAACAGGGAAGGUUGGCUGACUAUUUUGAGAAGUAUAUUCCCGCAUGGGCAGCAAAACCUCUGCCCGAACUGAGGGAGAUCGCGCGACAUGUUCAGAAUAUGAAGUCCGCCAAAGCUGCCGAAGUCCUGACCGUGGGCACCCCCGUACGCGCGGGAUGUUGCUUUUAUUGUCAUCAGGAGGGUCACUUUAAGCGAGAAUGUCCCCUAUUGUGGCGCAACAUCAAACGGGGCAGACACCCGCGGUUUCCAGUCCCGGGCCGUGUGAGCUACGGUAGACCCAAUGCGGGUCCGGUCCCGUGGAAUAGGCCCCAUAUGCCCCGGGCUCAAAAUGCAGGUCCCGAUAUUGGCCCCACUGGGCCCAGGGGUCUGCAGGGACCCCAGUGACUGCCGUCUCCCCUGAACAGGCGAUCCCCUGGAUACGAGUAUCUCCACGUGUGUGCCUUACUGGCAGGAUACUCCCUGGGGAUUGACCUCCCUCAUCCAAGCCCCGUUGAUGAACCACGGGUAGAGCCGUACGGUAUGAUUCCCAUGGUGACCCGUGACCCCGAGGCGUUCUUUGAAUUAACCAUUAAUGUAAAGUCUUGUAAGUUGUUGGUUGAUACGGGUGUGACCUAUAAGGCGUCCCUGUCUUUUCCCCCUGGUGCUUGAGAGAAGGAUAGGGUAAGUGCAGCGGUGAUAGGUGAAAAGGUUCAAACUGUUCUUAGAGCGCAGCCCCUUCAGUGCUGGCCACGGGGGGGGUUAUGCCCACCACCCGUUCCUUAUCGUUCCUUCCACUCCAUCUCCCUUAGUGGGAUGCCAUCUGUUACGCCAUUCGAACGUGACUUUGGUUUGUGAUGAUCAGGAAAGAAUCGCCUUGAUUCUAGGAAGCCUCCCGGGUGCGGCUGUGGUCACCCUAACUUCUGUGCUGUGGACCGGCUUCUUGUGGCACGCAGGCAGCUGGGCCUGAAGCCCUUACACGGGCAGUGUUCCUCGGUAAGGGGAGGCGUGUGACCACCUAUACGGACUCCGGAGAUGCCUUUGGGGUCCGUCACGCUACAGGGGCCCUGUGACAAAGUCGUGGAUGCCUCACGUCACCUGGCCUUCAGGUUGCUGAUGGGGAGUGUAUUGGGCUCCCGGUCGAGGUGACCGUUGUGCGUGUGCGUGGCUCACACCCGAGGAAGUGAUUCCCCGAGUCUGGGCGAUCUCCGAGCCGACGAGGCCUCUCGUCGGGCAGCCCGACAUGCCCCCGCUGCUCGGGUAGCUCCUGUUGUGGCCCCGGGCCCUACGUCUACGCCCGGCAGUCCGGUGCCCUCCCUGAUUACCGAUUACUGAUUACCGAUGAGGAAAGAGCUGAGUGGCCUCGGCGAUGUGAGGCGCUGGAACGAGAUGGACCCUUUUGGGUCCCCGAUGGAUGCCCUGUACUGCCCGUCACCGCGCUGCAACCCAUUUGCCUGAGCUUUCACCAGGAGAGCCGCUUUGGGGCAGAUGCCUUGGCAGCCGCAGUCCUCCGAAUCAGGUUUGCUCCAGCUCCCGAAGGCCCGCUUCUGAUGCACUCUGUCUCCCCUGAUGCUUCUGCAAACCUCCCGCCCCGAUCGUACCCCUGUCCAAGGCCAAGAUCAUGGACGUGCAGCGCCGUCUGGAAGCCGCAUUUCCCCGAAGGGGGAUAGUUGUGUUGUGCCUGGAUUUUUCUGAUGGAUUUUUCCAUCUUUUCCUUUGUGCCUGGAUUUUUUUUGCCUCUUCCUUGUCCUCUGCUUUAGGCGCCGACUUUGCGGAAGACCUUUGUUAUCCCGAGGAGGGUCCUGUGUGAUCCUCCCGGAGGCCGUGGGCCUCGGAAGGGUCAGAGGGGGGAUUGUUGUCCACUGGCGGACUUGACCUGACUGACUCCGUUCUGUGCAGGCCGAGAGAACAACCCCUUUCUGUAUUUUCUACGAGGCUCAACAAUGGGACGUCUUCAGGCCAGUAACAAGUAACACCUGUCUGUGCGAGGUCGUAGGAUAGGAAACAAGUCACUCCCAUCCGUUCCAGGCCAUGAGAACGGGCACUCAUGAGAAUUCACAACCAUCCUGUCGGUCCCAGUUGGUUCCCUAAAGUUCCCAUUGCUUGCUCCCGUUUUUUGCUGUGACUCAAUAAAAGAAACAGUGGGAAUGGGAUCGGGGCUGUUGCCACUCGUACCUCUCUCGGGAGGUGAAUGGGCAUGUAGCCACGUUCCUUCCUUUACUGCUGUAUCUGAA